AUUUUAAAGAACUUAUUGCUCGUAUCGAUUCUUCUCUUGAUGAUGCUGAAUUACCUAUAAUACCGGACAAGCUUAAAUUACUUUUCAAAGGGAGUAAUGAUGGGUUUGGCAAAAACGUUUUUUUUAAAAAGUUAAAAAAUAUCGAAAAGACAAUUUUAAUUUUAAAAAUUCAAGGCACCUCUGAAAUAAUUGGGGGUUUUAAUCCUUUAAAGUGGAUAAAACUUGGAAAUUUUAAUUCUAAAGAUGCAUAUUUUUCGGCAACUGAUGAAAGCUUUCUCUUUUCAUUAAACAAUGGGAAUUUUGCUUUUUCAAACGUUGCAUGUCCAGAACACGCUAUAUACCACGAAAAAGGUCUUGGCCCAUCAUUCGGAUUAGAUCUAUACAUGGUUUCUGGUAGAAAGGGGCACACAUGGCGAUGUUAUAAAUCCGAUUAUGAAUAUGCGAUUAGAGAUACAGACGAAUGUUUCCAAAUAGAGGACUAUGAA